UAAGAAACCGAUCUCCCUAUGGCCUCUUGUCCAAAAAAUAAAAAUAAAAUAAAAUAAUCUUAGUAACAUUAAUGUCAAGGUAGAAGGGGAAAAAAGCAGUGCAAAUGUUAAUUUAUUUUUGGAAAGAUGACAUUAACAUUAACAAUGCACAGUUAAUGUUUAAAUUCCAGCACUAGAUUUCAGUAGAUUCUAAUAAUUCUCAUUUAUGAUUAUGUAAUUAUAUAUAUAUACUGAAAACCAUAACAGAGCAAAAACACAAAGUCUUCCAUAAGCCCUGAAAGCAUGUAAAAUCAAUUCCAAUAUUUUAAUUUAAAGCAUUUAAUUAAAUAUAACCUACACCCACAUCCCUACAGAGACGCCACCUUACAAAUCACUGAAGCUGAUCUAGUGCAUACUAAAAUGUGCACUUCAUACAUAAACAACGCAAUAUGCGCAUCGACAGCAUGAGCUGUGUUGUUAUUGACGAUUAAUAAUCUGACAUGUUGAUGCAUUUGCGUUUAAUUCUGAAAAAUGAUAGUGUUUCUAUCGCGCAUGGCUAAAUCUCCCCUCGAGAUCUCCGUGGAAAAGGUCUUCCUGUCAGCAGCAUCCCAGCGUUACUAUGAUAUCUGUGGAGCGAUCGCGCGCCUGAAGGUGAAACAGGAGGCAUUUGAUUCAACAUGAGUGCAAGCGUUGAGUGUCGAUGGAGUCUCUGAACGCUGUGGAGCUCCGUGAACUGGGGGAUGGGAGGAGGAGAGAACCUCCUCAGGCCUCCUCAGGACCGCGGCCCACAGCCGGCAUCGAAAACGCGUCGUUUGAGGAUGAGGAUCCGGGAACGAGGAUCCGUGUUACCUCCAGAACAUCUGGGCCUGAGUUCACAUCCAUCAACUCUCAGUCAAAUCCGCUGCCUAUUCAGAGAGAAGUGCCGUCACCGCGCUCCGAAGACGAACCUGAGCUCGAGUACACCGGCCACUCGGUGGACUACGGGUUCAUUUUUGCACUCAUUUUCCUCGUAAGCGGCAUCAUAUUAGUGGUAAUCGCCUACACGAUCCCAAGAGAAGCUAAAGUCAACCCGGACCAAGUGACAGCGCGGCAGAUGGAGAAACUGGAGAUGUACUACGCACAACUCGGUUCUCACCUCGACAAAUGUAUUAUUGCAGGACUUGGUUUGCUCACUUUGGGAGGAAUGCUAUUAUCUAUUUUAUUAAUGGUGUCUAUAUGCAAAGGGGAACUGUAUCGCCGGAGGACUUUCGCUAGAAGACCCAUGAAAUCAUACGGAUCCAUUAAUAUGAGGAUGAGGCAGUUAGCUGAGGGUGAUGGGAGGGAGACGCUUGUGGAAUGUGAACCGAACGCCACCGCUGACGCUGCGAACGGUAAUCAGGUUCCUUCUGGAAUGCUAAACACGUAGCACAACUGAAUCACAUUGAAAAAUUUGUAGAUUUGCAGUCGCAAAAAGGAAAUAGUGCUUGCAAGGCAGCUUAAAUAAAGGUUUUUGGAUAAGUUUCAGUUUUGGGCUUUGAUAAUCUGUGAAUGAAACACCUCAUCAGAGCCACAGUUGCUGUUGCCAUUUUUUUUUUUUGGUUGUCUGCUGUGUUGCCAGAUCUCAAAAAGCAACGUGGUCUAAAAAAGAAAAGAAAAAAAGAAACGGCAGAUAAGCAACUUGCUUAAAAAUAAAAAUGAUAAAAUAUAAUAAAAUAUAAUAAUAAUGAAUUCAUAAUUAAUUGAUCAAUAGAAAAAACAACAACAAAAAAUAGAUUACAUAAAGACUAAAUUAAUUACUUCAGUUGGCACGUGCAUUUUAAUUACAUCGUUUUAUAUUCACAUAUACCCGGGAAAGAAAAAAAGCUGCAUCAUUCGGUAUAGUCAUCAAAAAAUAAGCCUAAAAAAUGGAAACCCAUGACUGGCCAUAUUUCUAAGCAACUGUAGGGAAAAAACAAUCCUAAAUUGCGUAUAAUAGGUGGACAAUGCAACAUAUGAUUAAACAGAAAAAAUACCAACCAUGAUUCGGUAUGCAAAUAAACACAAGACGACAAAAAAACUAAUUGCAAUAUGCAAAUAUUGCAAUAGUGCCAUCUGUCAGUUAGAUUUUCAUACUUUAAUCUUAAAUUGAAGUAAUUUCUUAAGAAGUAUAAUAUUUAUAAUAAAAACAAAACAGACAAAACCUGUCAAGGUCAUUCCCUCUUCAUUACUGUAAAGUGAAGAAUAAUGAUGUAUUUUUAAAAUGCUAACAUCACUGAUGCACUGUUUUUUCAACAAAAAAUGUAAAGGAAACCAUUUUUAUAAAGACUUACCAUGACUAAUCAGCCUUCCUGGCUGGCUUACAAAUAGAUGUGAUGAGUCAUGACUAAACAGUUUUAUGUCACAAUGCAAAGUUUUGACACUCCUAAAAUAAGUUUCAUUUUCUUUGUACCAAAAUAUGCAUUCAAAUUUUUUCCUUUCAAUUCUGGAGUAAAAUGUGAAAUGUUUUCAUAUACGUUAACCUGUUCAUGCUGCCUUGCAAGCACUGUCUUCAUAUUACCCAAGGCGUAGGCAAACACGCAAAAACACAGAAUGUGACGGUGCAAAAAGAGAUGCUAAAAACUCUGUUGACUGUUGAAAGAAUGAAAGCACAAUGGCGAAGCGUCAUAAUAACUCAACAUGCUGCAGAACAAACCGCCAUCAGCUACUCUACAAAACUUGAAAUAAAUGUCUGUAUAAUCUAUAACAUCACUAAAGACACUAUAUGAGUGGAAUAUAUACAAGCUAUUAUUAUCCAAGGAUGCAAUAUGCCUUAAGACGUUACAAAUGUUCACCGUGAACACAUUUAGGCUUGUUUGUAUUUGUAUACUGUUCGUGUUUUGUAUCUGUGUCACACACUUACUCGUUGUCAUCAACCCACGUUCUUGGAGUAGAAGACAAUGUACCGCAACCAAGAGAAUAGACAUAUGAAUGCUUAACCUUUUAAACAAGAUAUCUAUUUUACAACAUCUAUCAAUAUGGUCAUAUAGUAGAUUUGUGCUAACAAUUAACAAAAAUGUGAAGUUUUACUGUAAUGGUGCAAUAUGCAUUAGAUUCCAGUAGAGAAAUAUAUAUUUCCAUAUCAAUGUUCAGGUUACAAAGUUGUUGUCUUCUCAGUGACACAACAGAUAUAGGCUACUGUACGCUUUAAGAAUAUGCUCAUCACCCCUUUUAAAACAAAGCUAUUGUUAUAGCACAUAAGCAGACGUUCAUGUGUACUUGAUCCCAGAUGAAGCCGUCCUCACUGGUUUGGUUUUUCUGCUGAUGUAGUAACUAUUUUCUAUAAGUACGCUGUUCAAAAGCAAGAUUGUAAUCAAAACUAAGCAGAAACCUAAUAACAGCAGAUGUAUUACAAGUCUUAUAUGUAGUAAAGAUUAUCCUGCAAUGUUAUAUUUCCGGGUGUAUCCAAAAUACAUACCCAGUAUAUUACUCUGUAAUGGCAUUGAAGAAACGGUUUACUAAAACAUCUAAAUGUACUCACCCUCAGGCCAUCCUAGAUGUAGAUAAGUUUUUCUUCAUCAGAACAGAUUUAGAGAAAAGAAUGGAUCCUCUGCAGUGAAUGGGUGCCGUCAGAAGGAGAAUCCAAACAGCUGAUAAAAACAUCACAAUAAUCCGUAAGUAAUCCACAGGCUGCAUGUUUGUAAGAAACAAGUCUAUUAUUAAACUGUUAAUUCUGGCUUAAAUAUGAGUUCUCUCUUCAUAAUAUUGCUUUAAAAAGUCAUCUUGUGUGAAUCAGGAGAGGAAUAUGCACAGAUCAAGCACCGUUUACAAGCCAAACAGUUCUAAACAAAUAUGUGGAUGUUGGUGUGAGAGGAUAACAUGAUGGACGUUUUUACUGGAUUAUGGAUUAUGAACUCCCAGAAGUUGCGAUUUAAAAUAGGUGUGUAUCUUACGAACAUGUAGCUUUCCACUUCACAAGAUGUUAAUUGAUAGACUGGACUGGUGUGGAUUACUUGUGAUGUUUUUAUCAGCUGUUUGGACUCUGAUUCUGACGGCACCCAUUCACUGCAGAAGAUCCAUUGGUGAGCAAGUGAUGUAAUGCUAAAUUUCUCCAAAGUCAUCUACAUCUUGGAUGGCCUGGGGGUCAGUAAAUAUACAUUUUUGGAUGAACUGUUUCUUUCAAUGAAACUGGUAACUAAUAUAAAGCUAGGGAAAGCAAAAUUCACAUUGCAUUGAUAGAGUUUCCAAAAGUGCACUUCUUGAAACAUGCAAGUGAGCAUUUGGAACCACUGUAGAAUAAAGAAGAUUAUGAUUUCUUUUUUUUAAAUAUAUAAAUGUUAUAGGCUUGAAUCUUGAUAAAUGAAAACACCAAAUUUUUUCACUGUUACACUAAACCUAAUGGUUAAUGAGAGCACAUUAAAUCAGAAAGAGAGAAUAUUGUCACAUACCUAUAAUUUAUUUCACGUUAAAUAUUCUUUACACAAUAUAUUUACUAUGGCAGUGAAACAUUACUAUAUACUGUCCUUUGAAUAUUUGGUGGUGUUUAAAGUGUGAUGCGUUCAUGUGCUGCGCGAUGCAUCACUAACUUAAGUGCUGUUUGAAGUGAAAUGGACUAGUUGUAAUGUUCCUUUGAUACAUUGCUAAAUUAUAGUAAACAUUUCUGUCAUUUAUUAACUGUAAGAUGUUGGUAAUGGUGUGAUGUAAAGGUACAAGGUUAAGGGAAAGUGGUAUAUUGCUUUCACGUCUUUAAUUGUGUAAAAUAUUGUCUUGUAAGCACAGAGGAUCUAGUAUUGAGCACACUAAGCAUUUAUCUUACACCGAAUCUGUGCUGUUGGUCUCAUUGCUCAUGAACAAGCUCCUAAAUGAAUAUGAAGGUCAUUUAAAGACAUUAGGAAAUGCUUUUUCAACAUGACAGCCUGAACUGGUCGAGUCACUGUAUUGAGAAUGGAAUAUUAGUGUAUUAAUAACUACUGUUCAAAAGUUGGGGGUCAGUAAGAUUUUUUAUUUUUUAAAGGAAUUAAUACUUUUGGUCAGCAAGGAUGCAUUAAAUUGAUCAAAAAGGUCAAUAAAGACAUUUAAAUUGUUUCAUUUCUAUUCCAAUUAUGCUGUUCUUUCCUCAUCUGUUCAUCAAAGAAUCCUGAAAAAAAAUGUAUCACAGUUUCCACAAAAGUAUUAAUAUUCUAAAAAUAUUCUUGAGCAAAUCAGGAUCAUGUGACACUGAAGCUUUGCAUCACAGGAAUAAAUGUAAUUUUUGAAUAUGUAUAUUUAAUAUUUGAAUAUGUCAUUUAUUAAAUUACUUUUUAAUACAUAUUCAAACAGUUAUUUUAAAUUAAUUUAUCAUCUUUUUUCGCAAUAUUACUGUUUUUACAGUAAUUUUAAUCAAAUGAAUGCAGCCUUGGAUGUUUCUUUCAGAAACAUUUAAAAAGUGUUACCGACCCCAAAGUUUUGAAUGGUAGUGUACCUAAAAAAUAGCUAAAAAUUCUACUCAGCAAGUGGAAUGCUGAAGACGGUUAUUUAUGAACUGCAACUGUACUAGUCGGUCAUUCGGGUAUUACAUGCAUACAGAAAAUGUGCAUAUAUUGCAGAUAAAGUAUGUGUAAUAUGACAGUAUGCUGUUCAAAUGAGCACAAUAAUGGGGCUUGUAGUCAUUUGUGCUGAUUAGAAGCAGCUGCUCAUCUUUGUUACUAAAUGAUCAUCAUUGUACAAUCUGUGAAGGUUAAUCAUGGAGUCAGGCUAUAAAGAGUUCCUAGAAAACACAAGCACUGCAGUGGCUUAAUGAUGUGCAUAAUACUUGUGUGGGCCAAACAGACUGUUAUGUAUUCAAAUGAAAUGCAGUACCACAGUACUUCUGGGCCAAUCACUCUGUUUUUUUAAUGUAGAGAGCGGGGGUGUUUGAAUUGCAUGUACAAUGUGAGCUGUGCAUUUUAAGUCUUUAACCACUUCAUGUAUGUUCAAAGCAAAUGUGUCACGUUUUUUAUACCGUUUCCAUGCGUGAAAUAAAUCUUUUUG